AUGAGUACCAGUUGUGCAACGUGUGAUGAAGUGAUAACCGACGGUGUUAAGUGUCCAAAUUGCAAAGGAUUAUUCCACUUUGGAUGCGUCGGGGUUCGUGAGGCCGUUCACAGGAAAUGGGACGCCGAAAAGAAAAAGUCAUGGCGGUGCUCUAACUGUAAUAUCGCCCUUUCGUCCCCCUCAGUUAUCCAGGAGGCAUCUCUCAGCACCAUACUUCACGAGCUACGAGAGACUCGGAGUGACCUCAAGAACGAAAUAUCGGAAGUGAAAAACGAUGUGCGAGACGUCCAUGAUAAGUUGGCUACAUUUGACCAGCGUUUACUAAACCUAGAAUCGCUAAAAGUAGAACAUGAUGGUCUUAGUAAACAGGUACAAGAGAUGACGUCUACUAUUUCUGAGCUUCGUUGCCAAAUUUCACAGAAGGAACAGCAUGAUCGAAUCAAUAAUAUCGAAAUUUCCGGAAUUCCGUUUAAGAAAAAUGAAAAUUUAAAUAAUUUACUACACGCCAUAUGUACAAAAGUAGGUUUCACAUUAUUGUCCGGAGAUGUUGAUACCAUCCAUCGAGUACGUCGGUUCAAGGACUCCAAGCCUGGACCCAACCAAACAACAAAAAAUGACGGUGGCGCGGAUACCUCGCAACAUGUACCGCACACAAAUAUACCAAACAUCAUUGUUCGUUUUACACAGCGCAGGCGAAAAAACGAGCUGAUGUCGGCUGUACGGGCCCGGCGGGGCCUCACUACAGCUGAUCUGGACUUCGAUGGGCCUGCCAGGACUGUGUACAUCAGUGAGCAUCUGUCGCCAGAGAACAAACUUCUACUUCGCAAAGUGAGAGCCAUCAGCAAAGAAUGCGGCUACAAACAUGUUUUCGUGAGGGAAUGCAAAAUCCUAGUUAUAAAAAAAGAUGACCAAAAGCCGGUUCUAAUCUCCAAAGAAAGUGAUCUUUCGAAAAUAUCCAGAUGA